GGGACAGUCCUGGGUGUGCAUCCACUCUGCUGAGCACUCAACUUUGUGCAGCAUCUUCCACUUCUCCUCACCUCUCCUCUCCUCUCGUAACGCCAUGGCUUCGCCGAACCAUCUCCUCUCGCUCUUGCUGGUGCUCCUGGCGGGGAGCCUCCUAACCGAGGCGACCUACUACCGGCCCCAUCGCUACUUUCCGCACUACAUCCGUUUCCGUCAGCCUUCCGCCCACAUGUCGAACCACCUCCCGGAGGUCGUGAACCCGGCGCCCGUUCCUCGUCAUCCCGGCGUGCCGAGGCAUCCCGUCAUCCCGCACGAUCUCCACCCGAGACCCGAUGACAUCCAGACUUUACCGGAAACUUUCCACCCGGAGCCCGAAGUCGUCCAUCCGGAGCCUGGGUCUCACCACCGAUCGGCGCCUGCAGCUCCUCUCGCCCUCGCCAACACGACGCGCGUCUUCUACGGCGUCAUGUUCGAUGCGGGCAGCACCGGCACCAGGAUCCACAUCUAUAAAUUCAUCCAGAAAGACCCAGUUGAGCUGCCAGUUCUGGACAAUGAAAUGUACCAUGCAGUGAAACCUGGACUUUCUGCUUAUAAAGACAACCCUGAGGAGGGCGGUGACACGGUGCGUCAGCUGCUGAAGAUAGCCAAGAAGACGGUGCCAGAGGAGGAAUGGAGGAGGACCCCGGUGGUCCUGAAAGCCACGGCGGGCCUGCGCCUUCUGCCCGAGGACAAAGCCAAUGCUCUUUUGAACGAGGUGAAACAUGUUUUUGAAGAGUCUCCCUUCUACGUGCCGCACAACAGCGUCACCAUUAUGAAUGGAACAAACGAAGGAGUCCUGGCUUGGGUCACGGUGAACUUCCUAACAGGCCACUUGUAUUCCAACACAAGGAGGACAGUGGGGAUCCUGGACUUGGGUGGAGGCUCUACACAAAUCACCUUCCUUCCAAAAUCAAAGAGAACUGUUGACUUUGCUCCACAUAGUUACAUCGCCAAAUUCCGCUUGUUCAAUAGUACAUACCAGCUUUACACACACAGCUACCUUGGAAAUGGACUGUAUGCAGCUCGGCUGGCAACUCUCGGAGCACUAGGAGCUGAUGGUCUCGAUUGGAAAAUCUUCACCAGCUCCUGCCUCCCAAAGAAGUUCAGAGAAGAAGUGACCUUUGGUGGAACCACUUACAAAGUCAGCGGAGUUCCAGAUGGUUUCGCAGGCUACAAGUUGUGCUACUACGAGGUGAUGAGGGUCAUCAAGGGCAUCGUGCAUCAGCCAUACGAGGUCAAAGGCAGCAGCGUCUUCUAUGCUUUCUCCUACUACUUUGACAGAGCUGUGGAGUCUGGUCUCAUUGAUGGAAGCCGAGGUGGCGCAAUCGAAGUCAGGGAUUUUAAGAAGCGAGCUAAAGAGGUGUGCAAUAAAAUGGCCAAGUACCGUGCCGUCAGCCCCUUCCUGUGCAUGGACAUGACAUACAUCACCUGCUUGCUCAAGGAGGGCUUUGGCUUCAAGGACAACACCGUGCUGCAGCUGGCCAAGAAAGUGAACAACGUGGAGACCAGUUGGGCUCUGGGUGCCACCUUUGACUACUUCAGGAACCUCAACAUUCAAUAAAAGUGGCUCAAGGGUAAUGCAGUCAGCACUGAGAGGGACACUUAUGUCACUGCGGGGCUUCCCUCCCUCAGCCCACAGACACACCCAGUUCCAUCCUGGCCACCCUCCUCUUCAUCAUCGCCCGCCAAACACUCCCAGAACUGUUUCAAAUCAUUAUAUUUUUAUAAGGCCAGCUUUUCUACUGUACGUUGAGCCCCCUGACUGCUGGGCUGACUUUAUUUUUGUAAAGCAUGAUGUCCUCACCUCGCUGUCCAGUGUGGGGGGCUAAUUUGUAGUCAUUGCCCGGUUGUGGGCUGCGUGUAAUGGAAGUCACGUCUGUCUUAAUGCUUUCUUUUAUUGUAGGCGCUAACAAUUUCACGGGAAAUUCCUUUGGACAAGGUCGACGAGCAGUUAACAAGCGCUCAGCUUCUGUUAUGCAACUUUGCACGCAACACUUUAAUUGUAGACAUUGUAGCUAUUCUUUGUGACUCAGGAGGUCAAAGUUCACACUCACAAAGCGUGUGUGGCGAGGUGUCACACGCACCAAAUGAAUGCUUUGACUUUAGUGUUUCCUGAACUGAAUAGUCAGCAUCAAUUGUGGUGAAAUUGCAAAGGAGCCCUAGAACAACCUCUCAUGAAGUGGACUUAACAACAUCAUUAAGCUUAACUAUUUCAAAAGUAAACACAAAUUAUCAAGCCAAGGAUAAAUAUGUGGCUUUUAAAGUUGUAGGGAUGUCGCUGAUUGUUUAACAGCAUUUUUUUACCUGCUUCUUGUGAACUGUACAAAUAUUUAAAUACCUGAAAAUCUAUCUAAUGUAUUUAACAAUGUUUGUUUUGGGCUUUUACCUGACUCUCUUCCCACUCUACAAAAUGUACCAUAACUACUGUUGUAUGUAUAUAUGCCAACUACACUCACCAAGAGCCGCUUUCAAUGCAAAAACAAACGCUAAACAUUUUCUGCCAUGCCACAGUUGCUUUAAAUGCGUAUUAGCUGAUUAACCUUAUGCUUUUAGUAUUUAAAUUGUUUAUUUCUUACUCAGUGAAAUGCUUGUUUUACUUAAACAGCCAUGUGAAUAUGUCUUUUCCUGUAAUAAAAAAAAGAAAAUUACA